AUGUCCGUCGCCAUCGAUCUCAUUUGUGCAGGGAGGCCGGAUGAUGCUAAGGAGGUCCUGCAGCAAUGCUUGGGGAAAGUGGACGCACAAAAGAGAACAGCUCUAUUCUACGCUGCAGAGAGAGGGUAUGACAGCCUUGUCUCGCUUUUGAUACCUAAGGAGGCGCGAAUGGCCGACGUCAACGGAUUUACAGCACUGAUGGUUGCUGCACAGACAGGGCACAUUGCCUGUGUUCAGCUUUUGGUGCAGUCCGAGGCCCGGAUGACUACAAACGAUGGCUUUACAGCGCUGAUGUUAGCGGCCAGUAAGGGCCAUACGGAAUGCAUGAAGAUCCUUCUCCCAAAAGAGGUCAAGAUGCAGUCGAGCAACGGAACUACUGCCUUGAUCAUGGCUAUCGUCGGUAAGCAGAUAGAGGCGGCGUCUAUCCUUGUUGACAAGGAGGCCCGCAUGCAGAUGGUUGAUGGGUCAACUGCCCUGAUGCGCGCAGUCAGUACCAAGCAGCUAGACAUGGUCAGCUUGCUAUUGAAGAAGGAAGCAAAGAUGCAGUCUUCCAGCGGGGUAUCUGCACUGAUAAUCUCCGUUGAGUCGGACUUUCCAGAAGCGUUCGAGCUCCUUCUUCCGCUUGAGCACCGCCGAGCACGCAAGGACGGGUCAACUGCACUUAUGGCAGCAGUACAGCAGAACAACGUUACCUACGCUAAUAAGCUACGCAUGGAGAUCGGGAUGAGAAGGACAGAUGGUACCACCGCUCUCAUGCUGGCCUGCCUCAAGAACUAUGAUCACUUCCUGGACUUACUUCUUGAAAAGGAAGGGGACAUCGCAGACUCCAUGGGUUGCACCCCUCUGAUGUGUGCCGCAAUGAAUGGCCAUGCAGAGCUAGUAAGGAAACUGGUCGAGAAGAAGAGCUGUCUAAAGAAGAGAAAUAAGGAGGGCAGUACUGCCUUGUACAUGGCUGCAAUGAACAUGCACUAUGAGGUGGUCGAGAUCCUCGCACCACACGAGGCCGGGAUACAGAAUCAGCACGGUUACACAGCGCUAAUGCAAGCGGCAAAUACUAAUUCUAUUGAGGUUACAUCCCUUCUGUUAGAAAGAGAAGUUGGGUUGACUUGUCUGGAUGGGAAAACUGCACUAAUGCUUGCAGCCGAAUCGGGCUAUGCUGACAUAGUCAAGCUUCUGAUGACAAAAGAGGCCCGAAUGCAAACACCAGAGGGAUACACGGCUCUUUUAUAUGCCAUUGAAAACGAACAGUUAAGUGUUGUGCACUUACUGAAAGAUGUGGAGGGAGAUAUUGCUGAUAACGAGGGCCAUGGGCCUUUAUACUAUGCAGAUGCCACUGGUAAUGAUGAACUCAUCGACAUGUUUUCUCACCUCCAGUCCUCUUAG